AUGCGAACAACGCACGGUCAGGAAGAUCGGGGUGAACAGUUACACAAUCGUCAAGCUGAAUACACAAGGCGCGAAUCGAGCGGCGGUGAACCCCCUAAGCUGAAGUGCAACCUGCGCAAGCACAAGCCCAACCGGAAGCCGCGCACGCCCUUCACCACGCAGCAGCUGCUCUCGCUGGAGAAGAAGUUCCGUGAGAAGCAGUACCUGUCCAUCGCGGGAGCGCGCCGAGUUCUCCUCGUCGCUGCACCUCACCGAGACGCAGGUCAAGAUCUGGUUCCAGAACCGACGCGCCAAGGCCAAGCGCCUGCAGAGGCCGAGAUCGAGAAGCUCAAGAUGCGGCGGUGGGGCGGCGCGGCCGCCGCACCUGUACGGCCCGCCGGGCCUGCAGCAGUCUCCACCCGCACCCCGACGCCGCCGCCGCUACCACCACCACGCCGCCGUGUCGGCGCUGCUGGGCCGCCACCACGUGGGGCCGCUGCUGCGCCGCCCGCGCCGCGGCCGCCGCCGCCGCCGCGCUCUGCACCCGCAGGGCGUUGGCGCGCCGCAGUCCGCCGUCCGCGCGACCUGGCUCGCCCGCGCCUGCAGGAAUGGGGCUCUCGUAACUGCAGGACUGCACCGCGCCCGGUCAGCGUCGGGGACCGCCACGGCAACCGUGCUGCUGGCCUCGCCGAACUACGAGGCUGUGCUCAGACAUGCUGUGUUCGGCGUGUCGUAACUGCAGGACUGUUGUGUCGAAUUGACGUAUCUGCAGAUGGGCUGGACCGCGAGCCUCUCAAAACUGCAAGACUAUGCUACGGUCCUACUGUUUUCGACGUGUCGUAA